AUGGGCCGCGCGUGGUGCAUCUGGAGGCCGUGGAGGCCGUGGCACACCGAGGCCAGGCCGGAUGCGCCGCCGUCCGACCUGCGCUGGCAUCUCGGGGACCUCCUCGCGUCGGGAGAAGGCGCCGACGUCACGUUCCGGGUCGCCGGCGAGACGUUCAGCGCGCACAGGAGCGUCGUUGCAGCCCGUUCACCGGUGCUGAAGGCGAAGCUCUCCGCCGGCACGGCCGCGGCGUGCGUAAGGAUCGACGAUGUGGCGCCUCAGGUGUUCGAGGUCCUGCUGCACUUCGUGUACACCGAUUCGCUGGCGGAGGAGCCAGGGCAAGACGGUGUUUUCAUGGCCCAGCGUUUGUUGGAGGCGGCGGGCAGGUACGGCGGGCCGAGGUUGAGGCCGAUCUGCGAGGAGAAACUUUGCAGGCUCGUAGAGGUCGACACGGCUGUAGCCAUGUUGCUGUUUGCCCCCGGGCACUGA